CACAAAUGCAACUUUUGAAUAUUUCGAAUAUUCCAAUUUCCUGGUACUUGCUGAAACUGCUUUUGAUGCUAUACCAGGACUACAAUCGUUUUAUAUGAUGGUCUUUAUAACUACCUGUGUAAUAACACGUUCGUCUGUCAGUUUAUAUGACUCCUUCAUCCCAUAUAUGUGGUGUCGUAGUCGUUGCAGUGAAGGUGAAUUGGAAGUUUUCACGUGACGUGCGUCAGAAUUUAUUGAAAAUCGAACUUUGUGGGCCACUAGCCUGGGGGAAAAUAUAGUUGGCGGCCCUCGCGAAGCGCACUUGUCCAGCAUCAACCAUUCCCCUCCUCAACCAUCAACCAAUUUUCUCGGGAGACAGAUUCCUCGCCAUCGGGAACCUGUCCGUCUCGAUUGUCGCUACUCCUCCCUUCGAAUUGUUCUCUCGAUAGCAAGGCCUUCUUAGGAGGCGCUUGAGCUGGUGUGGACAAGAUGUCGGUCGUUUCGAAAGUAAGUGCAGUCUGCAGAACUCCCUCGCCCUCGAUCUCGACUCGACUUCGACCUCGGACUCGAUGAUGUUGUCGCCCAUCUGCGGAGGCGCUUCCAACCAAUAUUUAUCGUACCAUCGCUGACUUUGUGCCCUCCAGAACGCGUACGAGCUUCUCGGUAUGACGAAAUGAAUUCCGAUGAAAUUUUCCUCCACCAUCGCGCGACUGACAGCAAUUGAUCACUAGGCAAUACUCACGAUGAAGACUCUGAUAAGGAACCGGAGCCACCUGUAAAGGUCAUUGACAAGACUCCUGCCCGCACCACCAAGCGCAAUGCUGGCGGAGAGGCACCAGCUUCCAAGACUGCUGGAUAUGAGAACCGAGCUCCUCGUCGGGGUGCCUUCAACGGCAACGAAGGAGGUGAGUCUGAUUUACUAAGUCGCGUUCAUCCAACAAGAUGCGCGAUACACUCAAUUACCAUAAUACCAUCGAAUACCCCACUGACAUCUUCUUUGUCAGCGUUCCGUGAUCGCAAUGCCGGUAGCGCGAACAACCGAAGCAAGCCCACUGAUGAGGCCCGACCCGCAAGAGGCGACCGUGCCCCAAACACCUAUGGAGGACGAGGCCGUGGGGGACCUCGCAACUUUGACCGACACAGCCGAACUGUUGGAGGGUAAGCAGUGUUUUUUACCCAGAUUCCAGGAAAAUUUCUAAUCUUGAAUAGCGACUCUGAGAAGCAAGCUGCUCACGGAUGGGGUGCCACUGAAGGCCAAGCCGAGCUAAAGGAUGAGGAAGCUGGUGAAGCUCUCGCCAAAGCCGAGGCAAAAGACGCUGAAGGAGCUGCCGAUGCUGAGGUCGCUGAGCCUGAGCCAGAAGACAACAGCAAGUCUUAUGAAGAGUAUCUUGCCGAGCUUGCUGAGAAGAAGCUUGCUCUUGGCACUGGAGUCCCAGAGGCCCGUAAGCCAAAUGAGGGCAGCAAGCAGAACAAGAAGUGGCAAACCGCCAAGGAGCUCUCCAAGGAAGAUGAGGAGGACUUCGUUGCUGCAUCAGCUGGAAAAGCUAAGCGUGAACGUGAGCGCAAACAGAAACAAGUCAUUGACAUUGAUCAACGCUUUGUAGAAGCCCCUGAGCGCAGUGGUGGCCGUGGAGGAUUCCGUGGUGGCCGUGGCCGUGGCGAUGGACCAUCCCGAGGAGGUCGUGGUGAGGGAUUCCGAGGCCGUGGUGAUCGCGGUGGCCGCGGACGCGGUGAUGGUAACUUUCGGGGAUCGCGUGGUGGUCCACGAGGUGGUUCCGGACCAUCUGCAUCCAUCAACACGGAGGACACCAGUGCUUUCCCAAGCUUGGGAUCAUAGUCCAAAACACAUGAUACAAAAUCUCAUAAGGAUUUCGAAGGUUGCGCCAAAUUUUUAUUUUCAAAAAUGCGUUCUUCUUUGGGAAUAAAAAGGAUCAAGCAAGUUAUGAUUUGUGGCAAAUGAAUUUAGCUGGCUGGGUUUGCAUGGUAUGGGUUGAACCUUUUGACUUGCUUUUUGAUGACAUGACACUGAAAAUGGAAACAAAAUGACGGUCCGAAAUGAAUGGAAAAUGGGACUGAGUUAGUAGCGAAAUCGAAUUGAGAAUUGAGAAUUAGAGCAAGGUCCCCCCUUUUUGAAUUAUGAUCUUGUGUCUUUCUUUUAUUCCAUCAAGGAAAUCAAAAUCUUUUACUCUGUUGUGUAGACUAUGGUAUUUUGAUAUGUGAAAUGAUCUGCAGGUAAUCUUUAGCUCUUGAUUUGCUCUAGAACAAGUCAUCGAUGCCUACAAUCAGUAUAUAGAGGGAUAGGUUCUUAUACUUUUUCCAUCCUUCUUUUGGGUUGAUGAGUGUUUAUGAUGGGGGUUCAAUUCGUCGAAUUUCUUUCAUGAGCGGUCUACUCUGGUGACGUUACUUUGCGUCAACCUUGUAUGUUAGGAAGAAAAAAAGA